GCAUUGCUGCACGCUGGUGUUCCAUCCUGCUGAGCUGACGCACACUCCACGCUCACUCCACGCUCGCGCCUCUCCGGCUCCCCACUCUCAGUAGCGCAGAUCCCGCCCGACGCUGCCGGAAGACAGUCCGGCUGACCGACCGCCAGUGGACCGAGUCGAACCGGUUCAUCUGAGUGAGUGUGCGAUGACGAGAAGCGUCAGCGUGUGAGGUCAUGGGCUGCACCUCGGCCAAGCAGGUGUCCGCCGUGCCCAAUGAUGAGGAGGGACGCGGGAAAGCCUACAGCAAUGGAGACCUCUUCUCCGAUGAGUACAAGUUGAAGGGAGUGGAGGAAGUGAAGUACAUGAGAGGGGAGGAGAACCGGGUGAACGUGCGCAACCAGGAGAACCUGGAGAAAAGUAAUGUGCAGCACCGGGGGAAGCCACAGAAAGAGGUGGCUGCAGCAAACGUCAAGUCAAACAUUCACACGUCAGAGAGCCAGCAGGAAUUCUUCAGGAUGCUGGAUGAGAAGAUUGAAAAGGGGAGAGACUACUGUUCGGAGGAGGAGGAUGGAACAUAGCACAGCGGCCCCUCCGAAUUCAAGGAAAUCCACAGAGAGCCUCAUGGAGUGUGUGCGCUUGUGAGUGUGUGUGAGUGAGUGACAGAAUUUAUUCAGUGUUUCACCAAUGGGGGGGGAUUGGUGCGACGGGACUCUACUGGUGUGCAUGUGUGUGCUUUUAGACAAACGGCAAAGAAAGUAUUUUAUGAGAGAAUGAAAGGGGAGAAUGAGACGCAAAAGGACACUUUUGUCAGAGAUUACAGCCCUCGUCCCUUCAGGCCAGCCAGGAGACAGUUGGACAUGUCAUGCGAGGAGGACGUGGUGAUGAUGGACGGUUGGAAACGGAUCAGCACCUUGUCCCUUUUACUCUUUCUUGUCCGUCCCUGAAAGACUUUGCCCUGCGAUUUGAAACAGGAACUUCUAAAUACAGACGACCCGUGGGUGUGUGGAGCACUGAGAGGCGUGAGAGUGGACCGGAAUGGAAGCCUGAGUCGUCAAAGAUGCUGAGGGCAGCGGACUUAUGUAACAAGCACGUUGAACUUUUCCGACAUUCUUUUGCCUACCUGUGGCCUGGAGGGACGGAGAGGACGGACGGAUCAGGGAAGAUAGAUGUUUGUGAUAUUUUAAUAAGAGAAUCGAGGGCGCAGCAAUGAACUGAAACUCCUCCUGCCUUCUGAUACCAAGAACCCUUUUUAUUUUUAUUCUCUUCCUCUGGCGAUUUUUCACUCCCCACGCCCACCCCACAUUUCCUUUUUUUUUAUGCUUUCAUUCUUUGGUCUUGUUCGUGUUUGUCAUCUAGAUCAAUGGUCACCAAAGCUGGCAGUCUUCAUUCAUGAUGGUGAGCAUCUGUGUCUCAAACCAGCAUCCACUUGUGAAUAUAACAGGACUACAAAUCACAGCUGACGCAGCCAUUCAGUUUAUGUAACACACACACACACACACACACACGCACACACACUGGCAACCAUACCCCCUUCAUUUCAGAACUCUGCAUCAACUGAAGGUGUGUUCUGUUGGGCUCUGGUUCUGCUCUGAUUCAGUAUUCACACACACAGACAGUGGAGCAGCAAACUGAGAUGGAAAACAAUGGGAGGAGGCAUGGUUGUCACGGAGACAGACCUUCACAUUUUUGUUGACAUCUUAAAUGGAUACUUCCUGUUGUAUUAUUUGUAUACUUUUUUCUAUUAAAAUUAAAAAUGAUGACAUUAUUUAUGCUGAGGGGUUAUUUACACAAGUGUUCCUGAGCGGUGGUGUCUCACCGUCGGUCACCGCUCCUCUGCUCACGCCGUGACGUCGGCCUUGUUGCUUUUGUUACUCCGGUCAGCAGCGGUGCUACGCUCUCAAUUGUUAUCACAGAGUUCAACAGUCUGACAGGUUAAUCUGAGCCUCAUUCACUCACUUUUUACAAAGAUUU